GAGAGAGGGAGGGAAGGAGGAGACUUUUUAAACUUGGAGCAAACCCGGAGGAGUCAGAGUGGUCUCCAUCUCUCGCUCGUGAGCAGGAUUUAAUUUCCAUCCUCCACAAGCUUGUCAAGAUGAUCUCACGGAUUCCUCCCUGGUUUGUUGGAUUAUUGCUCCACAUCCUCGGCCGCUCGUCCGGGUACCAGCUGGACGACCGAGGUUCUCAUGGAGAUCUGGACCUCACCGAGCUGAUCGGCGUCCCCCUCCCGCCGUCCGUGUCCUUCGUCACAGGCUUCCAGGGCUACCCCGCCUACAGCUUCGGAGCGGGCGCCAACGUGGGCCGCCUCACCAAGUCGUUCAUCCCCGACCCGUUCUACUACGACUUUGCCAUCACCGUGACGGCCAAGCCCACCACAAGGCGGGGCGGCAUCCUCUUCGCCAUCACGGACUCUUACCAAAAAGUGGUGCAGUUAGGCGUGGCGCUCUCCGAGGUGGAGGACGGUUCCCAGAGGGUGGUCUUAUACUACUCCGACCCCACCACAGGAGGCAAGACACAGGAAGCAGCUUCCUUCAAGAUGGCGGACAUGACGGGACGGUGGGCCAGGUUCACCAUUACGGUGCAAGGCGCAGAGGUGCGUCUCUUCAUGGACUGCGAGGAGUACCACCGUGUCGCCUUCACCAGGAGCCCCCAACCUUUGACCUUUGAGGCCAGCUCGGGGAUCUUUGUAGGCAACGCCGGAGGUACCGGCCUGCCCCGCUUUGUGGGCUCCAUCCAGCAGCUGGUGCUUAAGUCCGAUCCCACGGCCCCCGAUGACCAGUGUGAGGAAGAUGACCCUUAUGCGUCUGGAUUCGGAAGCGGCGAUGGUGUCUACGAAGACAUGGAGGGAGAAGAAGAAGUGAAGAAGGUUGUGGAGGAGAGGGAGUAUAAAGAGGUGGACCCCACCGACAGCACCCCGGUCCCAGCUCCGCCCACUGAGAUGCCAAGCAGUAUUGUUGAUGAUGAAGAUGAUGAUGACGGUGAAGAAGACAGCGAGGAGGCGUCAGGGCGGGAAGUGGAGGUUCCCACCGCUGAAGUCAAACCAACACCAAGCACAGCAACUGCAGCCGCCAAACCAGACUCUGCGCCAACCACACCGAUAAAAGGCGACAGAGGUGAACCGGGUCCACCAGGGCCCCCAGGACCCACCGGCCCUCCAGGACAUGGCUCUGGAUCCGGAGCCGAGCCUGGACCUAGCGGUCCACCGGGACCUCAGGGCCCUCCAGGCCCACCUGGAGCUGCAGGGAAGGACGGCCAGCCUGGAAGCAAAGGGGAAACUGGCGCUCUUGGAGAAAAUGGCAUUCCGGGAUUUCCAGGGCUUCAAGGAGAGCCUGGACCGAAAGGGGAAAAGGGCGAUACUGGCGUUGGAAUGCCUGGCCUACCAGGACCUCCCGGACCUCCAGGACGCCUAUCCUUCCUGGAGGGCUCAGGAUCCGGCUUGGAGGACUUUGAUGGAGAUACAGACAUCAUCCGAGGACCACCCGGCCCUCCAGGACCCCGAGGCCCCCCUGGAGCCCCGUCUGAGGCCGUCAUUCCUGGGCCACCUGGACCCACUGGGAAAGAUGGAGAGAAAGGAGAAUCCGGACUUCCUGGAGUAGAUGGAAAAGAUGGAGAGCAAGGACCUGCUGGAGAGAAAGGAGACAAGGGAGAACCCGGAGAGGGUGGUGGACCAGGACUAAAGGGAGAUCAAGGCCCACAAGGCUUUCCGGGACUUCCAGGACCAGAGGGCCCAGAGGGGAGAUCCGGCCCCAGGGGUCCACCCGGUCCCCCUGGACCGCCCGGUCCACCGGCGAGAGGAUUUCCCCUUGACUUUGAGGACCUGGAAGGGUCGGGACUGCUGAGUGGUUUUGGAUCAGGGCAUCCGGGAGUGCCAGGAGUUCAGGGAGCCAAGGGUGAAGAAGGUCUGCAGGGUCCUCCAGGAGAGCCAGGUCUUAAGGGCGAACUCGGUGUUGCCGGUCCACCCGGGCCAGCAGGACCACAGGGGGCGAGAGGUUCAGAGGGUCCAAAAGGAGACGUUGGCGCUACAGGGCUGAAGGGAGAGCCAGGACGGGACGGACUCAGUCUACCUGGCCCACCAGGACCUCCUGGGCCUCCAGGACUUGUCACCAACCUCCAGGAUCUCCUCCUUAACGACACAGAUGGCGUCUACAACUUCUCAGGGAUUUUGGAGGCUCAGGGACUCGCAGGACAGCCGGGUCCUAAGGGAGACACUGGACUGCAAGGUCUUCAGGGACCAGCGGGACUCAAGGGUGAAAAGGGCGAGCCGGGAAUGAUCAUCGCCGGGGAUGGAUCCACGUCAAGCCUGGCGGGUGUAAUUGGACCUAAAGGGGACAAGGGCGAUAGCGGUGCAAGAGGACCAGCUGGAGCAUCAGGACCUAUCGGAAUGCCGGGGCCAAAGGGCGAAUUUGGCUUUCCGGGAAGACCUGGGCGUGCUGGUGUGAUGGGACCCAAGGGAGAGAAAGGAGACUCAGUGGGCCAGCCUGGACGUCCAGGCCCUCCUGGACCGCCGGGCCGUCCCGGGAUAUUCCGAUACCAGAGAGGACCCCUCCAGACCGUGUUCCCCAUCCCUCCCAGGCCGUUCUGCAAAGUGCCUCUCAACGGAAGCUUGCCGAUCGGCCAAUGUCAGAAUGGACAGAAAGGAGAAAAGGGCGAGCGAGGACUUCCUGGCAUCCCGGCGCCACCUGAUUAUCAAAAAGGACGGGGAAUGAAGGGCGACCAAGGCAUCGCAGGAGAGAAAGGCCAGAGGGGAGAUGCAGGGUCACCUGGGCAACCGGGCAGCCCCGGGAGACAAGGCCUGGUGGGACCCAAAGGGGAGUCGGUGGUCGGCCCUCCUGGUCCCCGCGGGGCACCUGGCGCCCCAGGCGUUGGACCUCCUGGACCACCUGGGCCACCAGGCCCUCCGGGGGGUCACUCAGUGUCGCCGUACGGCUCAGGUUCAGGCUCAGGUGGAAACGCUUUGACUUACUCCGGCCCCCCUGGACCACCUGGACCUCCUGGACCACGUGGACCCUCAGGAGGCUCCGCUACUGUGAAAACCUUCGCCACCAUGGAGGCGAUGAUGCAAAAGACAUUCAGGGACGCAGAGGGGACGCUGGUCUUUGUCACUGGGACAGGAAGUCUCUUCCUCAAGGUCUCUCAGGGAUGGAAGGAGAUACAGCUUGGCAGCCUGGUCUACCAUUCCAGUAACAUCAUAACACAAACUGAGCCUCGGGCUGCACAGCAGAUCAAAGCCGACACAAUCAAGCGCGUGCCUUCGUCUAAAGACAGACUCAACCUGGUGGCGCUCAACCAGCCCCACUCGGGCGACAUGACGGGCCUGGACAACGCCGACCAGCUGUGCUACCAGCAGGCCAAAGCCAUGGGCCUGCCCCACAACUACCGAGCCUUCAUCUCCUCCGGCAAGCAGGACCUGGUCCACGUGGUCUACCCCGGCUUCAGGGACACUCUGCCCGUGACCAACCUCAGGGGGGACGUGCUGUUCAGGAACUGGAGGUCCAUCUUUAGCGGCGAAGGGGGCGCCAUCAAUACCAGGAUACCCAUUUAUUCCUUUGAUGGACGGGAUGUUCUAGCCGACCCCUUCUGGCCUCAGAAGAGCAUCUGGCACGGCUCCACCAGCAGGGGGAUGCGCAUGGUGGACAAGCACUGCGAGACCUGGCGGGCCGACCACGUGUCCGUCACGGGCCAGUCCUCCUGCCUGACCUCCGGGCUGCUGCUGGGCCAGGAGACGCGGAGCUGCUCCAACGAGUACAUCGUCCUUUGCGUGGAGACCCACAAGAACCCUUAGCGACGCCGCACCGUCACGGACUGAGAUGUGUUGUGGCCUUUGAGGCGCUCACGUACGCCGUGAGGCUGGAAUCGUCCCGUUUGUGCCUUGACGGAUCGUCCCUUUGGCACAUAUAAUGAAGCAUUCAUGCAGGGCCAGUUUUCACUUAGUUGUAGCCAUCAUUCUGUCGGGAAUGUGCUAGAUGUGAGCUUAAUCUAUGCAGCAUCUUUUUUUCCAAGAGACCAAUUGACGUAAGUCAUAUUCCCCCCAAAUUGUCCCCCCCUGAGGAUGGAUGUGUCUCCACGAGGAGGGUCAUGUUUACAGGUUGUCAUGGAGAUUUUUUAAAAACAGUAUUAAUAUUGAAAUGGCCAAAGCUUCUUUUCCACUAUUUACAUUUUGUUUGCCCCUCCAGUGACCACCAAAUUGAAAUGCACUGUACUUCAUUGUUUAUUUUCUAGAAUGUUUUUUUUUUUAAUCUCGAUAGGCUAUUUAAUUUAAAUCCAGUGAAUUAUUUAUACCGUCACAGCACAUAAACAUGAAAUCAAAAGAUCUAAGAAUGUAAUUUAUCUUUUUUUUAUUAUUUGUCUCAUGUUGUGUCUCUUUUUCUUUUUUGUACUUUUGUGUUUUAGUAGAUUGAAAAUGGAGCUGAGUUCAAAUGUUUAUUUUCGGGGUGGGGGACGCCAGUAUUUACAUGAUACUGGACUUUUAAACAUUUUAACUAGCGAUGUUUUUUCAUGCUGAAAAGUAAAAUGUAGAAAAACAAAGGUGUUGG